GGAGCUGGGUUGGAAGCACAGACCUCAUUUCAAAGCUGGUCUUGUCCCUCUUAGCAGCCACAACACUACUCAGAAAUUCAGUGCCUGCGCACCCUCUCCCUCAACCACUUAACUUCAAGACUUAAAAACUCUUAUCAUUCUUUCCCCAUCCUCUUUGGAAUAAGGCAAUUUCUCCCCACUUUUCUCCCCUCCCCCACCCCACUUACCCCUUCCCCCACCUUCUUACUUCCCCCCUUGCCUUUUCUUUCUCUUUGGAGAAUUUCAUGUUUCUUUUAACUGCUUUCUGGGAUACAGAGGACCUGCACCUCCCACCACAAACAGCUGAAUUCCACUAUUGUGUUUAUUUGUUUGUUUUUUCUUUCGUCUUCUCUCGUCUGAUUUAUCUUGGAAGUCUGGUGUUUCUGCCUAAGAGAAGGGAAAUGAAUAGAUGCUGGUGAGAACUGAGAGCAGCAGCAGCAGCAGCAGCCGUCCCAGUAGUGACUUCUGUGAGAAGCCCGUAGGAAAGGUUGGAAGACUGCUCCGGGAAAGAAACUCAUUGAUCACUGAGAAAGGAGGAAAGAAGAGGCAAAAGGUUUCUCCGCCCCCUUUAGUUUCCUAGUCUCUCUGCCCCAUUCUGCCCCGAUUAUGGUUGGCUGCAGUUCUGCAGAGAUGCUGCUACCGCUUCUGUUUGCCAUGGCAGGCAUCUUCCUUAGCCAGGUGCCUGGUGCCGAGAGUGCAGCCUGUGAACCUGUGCGCAUCCCCCUGUGCAAGUCCCUACCCUGGAACAUGACUAAGAUGCCCAACCACCUGCACCACAGCACCCAGGCUAAUGCCAUCUUGGCCAUCGAACAAUUUGAAGGCCUGCUGGGAACCCGAUGCAGCCCAGACCUGCUCUUCUUCCUUUGUGCCAUGUAUGCCCCUAUCUGUACUAUUGACUUCCAGCAUGAGCCCAUCAAGCCUUGCAAGUCUGUGUGUGAGAGAGCUCGGCAGGGGUGCGAGCCUGUCCUUAUCAAAUACCGACACUCGUGGCCAGAGAGCUUGGCCUGUGAAGAACUGCCAGUCUAUGAUAGGGGUGUCUGCAUCUCUCCUGAGGCCAUAGUCACUGCUGAUGGAGCUGAUUUUCCUAUGGAUUCUAGCAAUGGAAACUGUAGAGGCGCCAGCAGUGAACGCUGCAAAUGUAAACCAGUCAGAGCCACACAGAAGACCUAUUUCCGGAACAAUUAUAACUAUGUUAUUCGGGCAAAAGUGAAGGAAGUAAAGACUAAGUGCCAUGAUGUCACUGCAGUCGUGGAAGUCAAGGAGAUCCUGAAAUCCUCUUUAGUGAACAUCCCAAGGGACACAAUUAAUCUUUACACGAAUUCAGGUUGCUUAUGCCCUCCACUCGGUAUUAAUGAGGAAUAUCUCAUCAUGGGCUAUGAAGAUGAAGAACGCUCUAGGUUACUCUUGGUGGAAGGUUCAAUAGCUGAGAAAUGGAAGGAUCGUCUUGGUAAAAAAGUUAAGCGUUGGGAUCUGAAGCUCCGUCACAUUGGGUUAAGCAAAACUGAAUCUGGUCAAAGUGAUUCCACACAGAAGUCUGGCAGGAACAAUAACCAACGGCAAGCACGCAACUGAAUGUGAAAUGAGAAAUGUUAAAACCAAUGGACUCCCUUGUAAGACUUGCAUUGUUGGAGCAGCAAAGGAAAAAUUGCACUAUUGCACGUUAUACUCAAUUGUUUACUACAAAAUCAAAUUGUAACUGAUAUUAGUCUUAUUUUCCCUUCUGUUUUUCUGCCUUUUUUUUUUGGUCUGGGUACAAAAUGUUAAAAAUAUAUAAAUAUAUAUAUUCUAUUUCACUAAUCAUGAAGAAAACUUCCCCAAUAAGCUGAAAAACGAAUCCUUGGGUAUUUACUGUCAUUCAUAGCAACCAGCUUGGUGCAUCUGGAUUUGCCUGUGCCAUUAUAGAGACAUAGAGAUGUUUGCUAUAUACAGAGGGAUGGUAUAAAGUAGACUCUGACAGACUAAUGGCAGCCUCACUUUUAAUCAUUUUUAUCCCUUCUCAUGUAGGAAAAAUUUAGUUUUAAAAAUAUAUAUAUAUAUGUGUGUGUAUAUAUAUAUAUAUGUAUAUAUAUACAUAUAUAAUGGAAGUUGGAUAGCAAAUCAUUGUGUAGACAGGGUAGUUAAGCAUAGAAGAUAACUUUUAAGAAAACACAAAGGAAGAAUUAUUCCCAAGAUUAGUGAGAGUUUAAGGGAAAAGCAUUUGUUCUGAUGGAAAAGCACAAUUUUAAUCAGUAGCUGUUGGUGUUAGCAGUAGCAUUUCCUUUUGGCAAUAGAGUUGACUAAUCAACUUUAGGGAGUGAAUUAUAACCAGACAUCUGUUUUGAUCAGUGUAGCUCUGUUGAAUUUGUUUCCUUUUGAAUAAACCACUGGUGUCAGUCUCUUUUUUUCCCUUCUGAAAUAUAAGCCUGAUUUACUAUAUCAAUCGGAACAAAAAUUGAGGAAUAUGCAACCAGGUGUUAUUUUUAAAUGGCUUAACCCUUCUGAGAAAUGUUAGGUGGUUUCCCAAACUGCUAAGGUAAUUUAUAGUAUUCUUAAUUUUCUGAUAGCCCCAAUCACCUUGCCUGAGUUAUGUCCUUGGUCUCUGAGUCUGUCAGGCUAAUAGCUGGCUGCAUCUACUCCAGAAUUUCUUGGCUACCAUUGCAGCAUUUCUUGGCUUCCAUCUGGGCAGGAACAUCACUUCCUAUGUCCGAUUUUUGGGGGUUCUUUCUGUGUGUGUGUGUGUGUGUGUGUGUGUGUGUGUGGCAUGUGAUGUUUUACAGAUGACUGAAUUACCAGACCUGUCCCUUGGUGCCGGUCUGCACUUUAUCAUUUGGAUUUCGUGGUGGGUAGGGGGCUUCUUAUGUCUAUUCCUACAUAAAUAGCCAUGUUUAAUGCUCAGUAAAUGUCUAAUAAAAGGGGUUGUAGUUAUCUAGAGAGUUGAUAUUCUGAGUUUUGAACUUAAUGCAUAUUUCAUUGCCUACAGUGCAUUUUGAUCUCUAAAGUAUGCUUUUAAAAGUGAUGCCAUCACUUCCUCUUCAAAAUAGGAUGAUUUAGAGCCUAUGUCAAUCAUUUGGAAGUCCAUUGAUUUUCCUCUAUUGACAUAAUAUUAGUAGAAACCAAACUUUUGAGCUAUGGUAUAUUGAAAAUAAAACACUUAUGAUGCAAACUGUCAUUGUGUUUCCUUUUAUAAGCUCAAUACCAUAGAACAGGGAUCAUUCCAUGAUAGAGCAUGAACAAUAAAGGACUGAUAGUUAUCUUUAGCUCAGUAGUCCCUCAUGAUUUCAGAGGGCCAUCUAAGAAUAUAACGGAGUUCGUGAGAUCUAGCUUCAAGUAUUUGAAGGGUUAUCCUGUGGAAAAGGGAUUAAACUGAUUUUGUCAAGCACUGGAGGGAAGAACCGGGAGCAAUGGAUAAAAAACUACAAAGAGGCAAUCAUGGUUUAGAGCUGUCUGAUAGUGGUAGGAGGGAGUACACUUCCCCUCCCCCCAGCCAAUGAAGACUACAAGCUGGAUGACCAUUUGUCAGUUUGUAGUAGGGAUUCAUUUUGGAGUAUGAGGUGAACUAAAGAGCCCCUGACACCCCCUUCCAAAUCUGUGAUUUUUCUCCUUCAUCGAGGAAUAAUGAACAGAACCAUAACUAGUAGUUUUGGUGCUUGCGACAAACAGCACAUAAAGGCUAGCAACAUGACACAUACCAUCUAAAUUUCAGUGUCCUAGGGCUAAGCACUUGUCAUCCUAUCCUAGUUAUGGCUCUGGUCUCCAAGCCUGUUAGAUUAGUAGCUGGUGGCAAUUGCUACAAGAACGUGGGUUUGUUUUUGUUUUGUUGGUGACCAAUUGCAUCUUUACUCCCAGCUAGAUGAGGCAAGAUCAUUACUUGCGACAUCCUGAAUUUUUGGGAAAAAAGGAACAUCAUUUCAGCUUGUCUUAGGAGAGUUUGGGAACGCUAUAUCCAGAAGACUAAUUAAAGCCACAAGAUUCUAACCUCUUGGAAUAUGCUCUUAUGUAGAACUUUAGGGUCUGGGGAAUAUGCCAUCAUGGUGUUUUUGCACACUGUUGAUUUUUCAACUAAUUCUCUUCCCUCCUUCCUGAUCCAUAGGGAUGAGAGGAAAAAGUAGCUGUGUCAGAGCUAAAGAAAUGAGUAUACCAAAUCUUUGCAAUGUGGUCCUAUCUUUGUAGAGAAGAUAAAGAGCCACUUGGAGUCAUGAAAUGUUAUUGACAUAUUUUGGUGGAUAUUUGCUUACAUAUGUGGUUCCAGACAAUUCUUUCACUAUUGAAUUUUUGGAGCAAAGAUGACAUUUAUUUCAAAUUUCUUUGUAAGGGGAUUAACAGGAUUUAUGCUAAAUAAAUAUGAAAUAAUAAUACACAAAGUGAGACUUCUAUUCCUGAAGUUCGUUUCAGUAGAAUUCAGCAGCCUAAGAAAACACUAAGCUUUGUUGGGCUGCCAGGAGAAGCAGUUUUCUGCUCCAUCUUUUUAGGAGUCUACUUUCAGAUUACUGAAAGUGUGAAUGAAUUAAAAAAUGUAAAAUAGUAUUAUGAAUACUAUUUUGACUUUUAAAUCAUUUGAAUUGCACCUUUUGUUAGAUGUUAUUAUUACUUGAUGAUGGUUGCAAUUCCAACCACCAGAAUAAAAAAAUUAUUUCUGUUAUACAUUUAAUAACUGAUGUUUAUAUAGUGAUAGCAUCCCAGUGUGGGAACUCCAUCUACCUUUGCAGAUCAAGUUGAUAAAUCCUAGGAAAUUUUCUGUGGCAUUUAUUGGUUGUCACUUGUCUUCCUAACUCUAAGCCCACUUCUUUUUUAUUCUUUUUCUUUUUUUUUUUCCUAAGCCCACUUUUGACUGUCUGACAUAAUACUGUUUCCAUAUCUGAAUUUGUUAGACAACAUUCAGAGUAUGAUGGCCAGGUCUGGGAAUCAUGUCUUGAGAAAUAAGUCUUAGGAAAAAACGCUGAUAAACUGAAAAGCAUCCAGAGGAGCACAAGUAAGGUAGUAAAAGAUCCUCAAGUUCAUACUAUAUAUAGAUGGAUGGAAGAUUGAAAAUAGGAGUGUCUAGCUUGCAACAUAGAAAACCUGGAGGAGACAGGACAGCUGCUAUCAUGUAUUUGAAGAGCUGUCAUAUGGAAAAGGAAUUAGACUUGUUAUGUUUGACUGAAAUGGAAAGAACUAGGAACAAUGGAUGGAAGUAAGGAAAAACAUCUUAUCAAAUAGUAUUAUCCCCACAUGGAAAAGGCAUCCUCAGGAUGUUUCCCCUCAUGUUACCCACCCUCAGGGAAGGACUUCAAGCAAAGGUUGAGUGACCGCUAGUCAGGUAUAACAUAGAGGGAAUUUUUAUUCAAUAUGGGCUGCACUAAAUAGCCUCUAAGGCCACAUUCAAUUCCUAGACUCUUUUUUCCCUUUAAUUUCUAUUAGUGAUUAACUGUAAGAAUUUGCUUUUAUGUUUACAUUUAUGUUUGCUUAGUGACCUGGGACCCUACAAAGUUAUUUAUUUUUUUUUAGAAAGCAUUUCCAUUCAUCAAAUCCCUAGACACGUGCCAAAACACUAACAAAAUGAGGACUGAAUAAUGUGCUGAAAAAUCUGGUAAAAAUCAAAGUAUUGACUAACUUGAACUAAGUCCUAUUUAUGACUGCUCUCAGUAAACUAUAGCGCGCGUGCGCGCGCGCACACACACACACACACACACGGUAAUUUGAUUCAGUGCCAUGUAUUGUAUAGACUUUUUUUUUUAAAGGAAAAUGUGCCCUUUUUACAUCUGCUACAUAUUA